CAGCAAACCUGGACCAGCAACUUCCCUCUUGCUUCUUACCACAACAUCAUGUCCGGUCUAGAUGAUGACUACGACAUACAGGAUCCAAUUCAACAGGAAAACGAAGAGGAGGACAAUGAGCAGCAGUCACAACCAAGGGCGAGUGAGAAGCCUCGAGGAUCCAUUUAUGACGCAUUAGAUGGUGAAGACGAAGAAGAGGAAGACGAGGAUGAGGAGGAUGAGGAAGACGAGGAACCUGGAAGGGACCGUGGGCGAAAGCGCGCAAAGCACCGGCACAGACGCAAUGCUGUGAAUCGUUUCCUUGAUGUCGAGGCCGAAGUCGAUACCGAGGAGGAGGAAGAGGAGGAGGAAGAUGAGGCAGGGGGAGAUGAGUUUAUUGCUGAUAUUGGGCCAGAGGGUGAUGAAGACGAUGCGAAUAGACGCGCAGCGGUCAAUGCGCGGCUGGAUAGGCGAGAAAGGGAGUUGAAUGAUCAGGAUUUGGCCAAAAUUGCCCAGAAUCUUCACGAGCGUUAUGGUCGGGCAGCAGUGCGGUACACGGGAGACAUGAAUGAAGUACCACAGCGCCUGCUUAUGCCAUCCGUGCAUGACGCAAGCUUAUGGCAAGUUCGAGUCAAGCCCGGUCGCGAACGCGAUAUCGUCUUCAGUCUCAUGAGGAAAGCAAUCGAUCUCGAGUACACCGCUCAGCCUCUCUCGAUCCUAUCUGCAUUCCAACGCGACUCGCUUCCCGGUAUGGUAUACGUCGAAGCGCGGAGUGCCCAGCAGGUCAACCAGGCUUGCAAGGGUCUUGUCGGCGUGUACCCGAGCCGUGGCAUUGUACUGGUUCCCAUCGAGGAAAUGGCUAGCUUACUGCAAAUAAAGAAGCAGGACCUUACUGUGACACCCGGAAGCUGGGUGCGCAUCAAGCGUGGCAAGUAUCAAGGUGAUCUUGCACAGGUCAUGGACAUCACAGAGAACGGCGAGGACGUUGGACUCAAAUUCAUUCCGCGUAUCGACCUGAACCCACGGGAUGAUGCCAACGUUGAUGGUCGGAAGCGCAAGAAGGCUGGUACUGGGUUGACGACGAUGCGACCGCCACAGCGGUUCUUCAACUACGAGGAGGUCGUCAAGGUUCAUGGGCGCAAGCAGGUCUCAAAGCGGAACCAGGUUUACGUCUUCCAGAAUGACACAUACAAAGACGGGUUCAUCGAAAAGGACUUCAAGCUUAAUGCUCUGCAGCUAGACAACGUCAACCCGACACUGGACGAGAUUACGAAGUUUAGCCGAGGGCAGGAUGGUGCCGACAAUGAAAAUCCGGUGGAUCUGUCGAUCAUUGCGGAAGCGUCGCGGAAAGCUGCCAUUGCUGUGCUGCAGCCCGGUGAUCACGUCGAGGUAUUCGAGGGCGAGCAGUCUGGUGUCUACGGUGUUGUCGAUUCGAUCAAUCAAGAUGUCGUGACCGUUACAGCUAUUGGCGUUGAUAUCGAUGGUCAGAAGGUGGAUGUUCCUGCGCGCAGCGUGCGGAAACGCUUCAAACCAGGUGACCAUGUCAAGGUAAUGACUGGUCAGAAUGCAGACGAGACGGGUCUUGUCAUCUCAGUAACAGACAAUGUUGUGACUUUCCUAUCAGAUAUGUCGAUGCAGGAGGUUUCUGUGUUCUCCAAAGAUCUGCGUGAGGCCGCCGAAGUCGGUUCUGGAACCAACGUUGUUGGCAAUUAUGAAUUGCACGACUUGGUCCAGCUUGACUUGCAGACUGUCGGUGUCAUUUUCAAAACCGAGCGAGACUCUUUCCGUGUCCUUGACCAGAAUGGUCAAGUAAGAUUGGUGCAACCUCACCAAAUCUCGAUGCGGCGGAAUUCUGACCGUGCAAUUGCUACGGACUCUGAAGGUCACGAGCUCCGUGUACAAGACAACGUAAAGGAAAUUGAAGGAGAGGUUCGUAAAGGCCGAGUGUUACACAUUCACCAGUCAUUCUUUGCCUUCCUACAUAACAGGGACAUCCUCGAAAAUGGUGGUGUAUUCGUAACCCGGUGCCGCUCCCUAGCAUCGCUUGCUCCAAAGGGCAACCUCGUUAAGCCAGGAAUGGACUUAGGCAAGAUGAAUCCCACUGCUGCUGGCGGCGCUCAAGGUGGCAUGGUUGGCUCUGGUGCAAUGGGGCGCGGACCACGAGAUCGUGACAUUGGUGCAGUCAUAACGGUCGUCAAAGGCAAUCACAAGGGGUACAACGGUAUCAUCAAAGACAUCAAUGGUACCCUGGCGCGCGUUGAGCUAAAUACUGGCAAUAAAGUUAUUACCAUUGAAAAGCAAAAGCUAUAUCGGAGACUUCCGGAUGGCAAACUGCAGCCACUUAAUACACCCUACCAUCAACAAGGCCAACAACGAAACAUGGGUCCCCCAGCCGGAGUCCCCAGUCGGACUCCGAAUCCAUAUACUGCUAGCCGUACCCCUGGUUGGGGUGGCGGUCGGACUCCGAACCUUGCCAGUGGGGAUGGCAAGACACCUGCAUGGAACGCUUCAUCACGAACGCCAAAUCCAUACACUGCUGCUGAUGGUGGCAAAACCCCCGCAUGGAAUGCCUCGUCACGGACGCCAAAUCCGUAUGCUGGUGGUGAUGGUGGUAAGACUCCCGCGUGGAAUGCGUCGUCGCGGACACCAAAUCCCUAUAGUGAGCCAUCGUGGGGAUCAGGCGGCUGGGGUAGUGCAUCGCCUGCACGUCCAGCGGACUCGAGCUGGUCGUCUUGGAACGCACCAACGCCAGCUGCUGCGGCAACUCCUGGGUUCUUAUCUGCACCGACCCCUGCUGCAUAUACAGGCGCACCUACACCGGCAGGCAUUAUGAAUGACCCUGGUUCAAUGUCUGCACCUACACCAGGUGUUUCGGGUAACGAAGAUGACCAUGACUCAGACUUCGGUUUGGUGCUACGUGACCCUUUGAUCGCGAACAAGAAGGUGGUGGUGGAAAUUCGAGGCUCGGCAGAUGCAGGAUGGCUCGACGGCGAUUUGGAGUUCAAGAAGGGUUAUGUCUCCUCAGCCUUCGCUUCCUUAUCUGAGAUCACAGCACUGUUCCACCCUCUGGAUUCGCCAGGGGACCCUCCAGUUCACGUACCUACAAUCUAUCUUCAGCCUAUCCAGCCAGAGGAGGUAGAAGAUCAUGCUCUCGUUUUGCGCGGAAUUCACAAAGGCAAGCAUGUUGUCUUAAGAGAGAGUGCAGGACAUGGAGUUUGGAAGGUGUCGCAGUUCCAGGACCCGGAGGCAUUCACAAUUGACGAGGAGAAAUUGGUGAAGCUCUACCAUGUUUGAUUGAGGGUUGGUCUCUCUGUUGUUUUUACUCUAGUUGUUUUGCUGCUACACUAGUUUCAUCUUGUAUAAAUCCCAUUUUUAUCGCAGACAAUAAAAAUGAACUGUUAUAGAUAGACCAAA